UGUUGUAUUCCUGUUAUUCGACAAUGAGUGUUGUUGGCGACAAAAAAGUUUGUAAGAGUUGUCAACAGCAUUGGACAAUGCGUUUCUUGUGUUAGAAGUAGUAAUCGUUGCAUAAAGAUUGAAGAUUUUAUAUAUUUGCAAGACAAUAAUACUCAAUAUGUGUAGCAUACCGCCGAAAUUUUACGAACUUUGUCGUCUUUGUUUAUCGUGUGAUGGUGUGAAAUCGUCUAUUUUCGACAAAGAAGGAACUCAGCGUAACUUUCCACUUAAAAUAAUGACGUGUCUGUCAAUAUUGGUUUCUGACAAGGAUCUCCUGCCACCAUCAAUAUGUCAGCGAUGUGUGUACAAGUUGGAUGCCCUGUAUGACUUCAAGGAGGAGUCAAGGAAAUCAGAUGUCAUCUUAAAGCAAUACUUAAGCUACACAGAGCAUUUUGCACAUGCAGCACAGGUGUCAGUGAAGAAAGAGACUGGAAAUUUGGUGGACUUUAACAGCAGAAAGGCUGACCAGAAUGGUGUUCAGGAUGACAGAGCAAGUGGAUCUCCAUGCAGUGAAAAGAGCAUGGAUAAAGAGACUCAGGAGAUGGUUGCUGCGUUAGAAUUGCGGAUCAAAGAGGAGCCUGAAGAUGAGGAAGAUGAGGAAGAGGAGGAGGAGGAGGAUGAGGAAGAAGAGGAAGGAAACAGAACAGAAGGAGAAAAUGAUAUACAUGAUAAUGGCCUACAUAUGAAUGGCGAAUCUUACAAAUUUAAAUCAGGUAGAAGAAAUGAACGGGGUAACAAGUCAUCAGAACAUGGAAGUGCAGAGGAUGUGAAUCAGGAUCAAGGACUUGACAUGUCAGUUGAACGGAAGUUGAAGGAAGAGGAGGCAUUUGGAGAGGAGAAGCAGAAUGGUACAAACCUGACUCCUCAUGAGUCAGAUAAUGAAGGGAGUAAUUGUGAAUCGACAGUAUGCAGCGCAGAUGAUGAGGCAGUAGGGAAGUGGAGAGCAGAUGUCCGGUCAAGCUCUGAUGAGAGUCAUGAUGUUGGAAGGAGACCUGUUGGAGAAGCCAGCAAUCUCCUCAGAACCCUCAUUUCCUGUCGGAAGUUAGGGAUUACACCAACAGAAGCAGCAGCAAACAAUCAUGUUGUUCCUGUUGGUACUUCACUCCAGCAUUCAUUAAAAUCCCGUAGUAAACUGUAUUCUGCUAUUCAAGGCUCCUCAGUUGUCCCUGAAACACUUGUGGAGGCCCACUCAGGAGCUGUUCUAGGAAAUCGAACUAAUCUUCCUUCGACAGAGGAGGUACCGUCCGCAUUUACUAUAGCUAUGAAGUCAGUGGAGAAGGCUGCAAAAGCAAAUGUGACUUUUGUAACAGUGACUAAACAGGAUGGUAACAGAAGGAAGCAGAGCUGUCCAUCAAAAGCAGAUGCUUCUACAAUAAGAAGAAGCCCCAUUUCUCCAUACGUUCACGGAGAAACAUACCUACCAGACUUCACUGGCAACAGUCCUUGGUGUAACAUCUCUGCUGUUAAGACAGGGAGGUUGGCAGCUCGACGAAUGGACCUGUCAUGCAGUAAUUGUGGUACUAUGACUACCACAAUCUGGAGACGCAAUCCAGAAGGUGAGAUGGUCUGCAAUGCUUGUGGGCUGUACUAUAAACUUCAUGGUGUUAAUCGACCUGUUACGAUGCGUCGUGACACCAUACACACCAGACGCAGGCGGCCUAAAGGAGAGAAGGGCAGUGGACGACAUAGGAACAAGUCAGGUAACAGUGGCAGCAGUAAUGAAGAUCCAGUGGAUAUGUUGGCAGCCCUACGGAGACAGAUUCAGCCUCACCUUAUGCUGGCUCUGCAAGCAGCACCUGAGAGUAGUAAAACCAUCUCAAUAUCUGCAUCAGGUAACCACAAUCACCUGCCUCCAGUAGUCAGUGUACCUUCAGCAUAUGCCAUGGUGCAGGUUAAGGCAGAACCAGUGGAAUCUGCAGGAGAAGAAGAUGAAGAUGAGAACCUGGCUGAUUUGCCUCUGAAUCUUGUCUCUACGACGUUAUCAGAACCACCAUCUCAGUGACGAUGGAAGGUAAGAAAUGUUACAUGUGAAUGGCUGCAGAAUAUAUAUGUGAUUGUUGAUAUGUUGUUGCCAGUAAUCACGAUGCCUGAAACAAAGUCUGAUGUUUUGUGAACCUCAUUUAUUGGUCAUACUCAAAGCUGCCUACCGUAAGGUGUGCAAGUACAGUGUUUUUGUUUGGUUAACAUGAUUGGUUAAUUAUGUUUACACAUUUAAUUCUUAAAAGUUUUAAGAAGAGUAUGAAAAGAGAACAGCAUAGUUCUUCAACGUUGUUUCCAAAAUGGAAUGGAGUGUAGCUGACAGCUUUAUUUUACAUUGAAUAACUUUGUGUGUAUCCUUUCUGUUGUUAAAUUAUUAUUUUUUGGGCAUUUUAAUUUAUAUCAUUUUAAUGUUAGAUUUGUUUAUUCUUCUCUCCAUGAUGAACAGUCUUCCAUAUUGAAAGUAGAAUGCACAGAAACAGUAUUAUUAGCCCCUUUCUGUACUGCGGUUUCUUUCCUAAUGACAAGUGUAGGGCUUUAAACAUGACAAGUGAUUAGUGCACAAACCACAGUAAUGUGUGCUUAGUGUGAGGAGUGGUUACAUUUUAACAUGAUAUUACUGAAGAAGUCUUCUAUUGUGUCAUAUAUAACGUGGAUCUUCUUUUGAUAUGAGGUACUGUGAUACUUGUGGGACCAUUAACGGGAUAUUGGUAAUGUAAAAUUGACACCUUAAACCUUACAAAUUUAAGUUCAGUAUGUCUCAAAGGUUCCACUGAAGUCACUAUGACGAGAUUUUGUUGUACAGCCAGUGUAAACAAGACUGGUUCUAUUUCUGAAGAAUAAUUUACUUAAGAUAACUCUGAUAUUGAAUGAUGAUUUCUUGGAAGAUAGUGACAACAUUCACACAAAUCAAGUGUGGCAUGAUAGAAGAAGUGAAGAUAGGGUUACAGUAUAUCAGUAAAAAAAAGAGUGAAAGAGUAAAGCUAUCCCUGUA